AUGUACUUCACACUCUUUCUCUUGCCAGCUGUGGCUGCCGCCGCCACCAUACCCGGCCUUUCGCUCAAUUGCGCUCCAAAAGGAACAAUAAUGCCAACUCCAAAAUACGGUACGCAAGGAGCAGUUUUCACAGUCUGCGCACAAACCUCCAUCCGCGGCACAGCAUCCACAAUCUACAACGCCCUCCUCGAAUUUCCCCGCUACCACGAAUGGAACACCUUCGUCUACGACGUCAAGGUACCCGCCACAGUCACUUCCGCCCAAGACGUCUACAUCGGGAUGCCGAUGACGUUCCAUACAUACGGGCUGAUACCAGUUCUCAACAGCACUUCGCAAGAAAUCAUUUCCUAUUUGGAGCCGGGCUAUCAAACGCCUUUUGCGGGCUGGUUUUCGGACGCUGGGUUGGGCUUGGCGGGGUUGCAGGCUCAGCAUAUCAGUCUUUUGAGGGAUCUAGGUGGGGGAUUGACGGAGUAUGUUAGUUGGGAGACGUAUUAUGGUGCUGGAGCGGUGGUGGUUGCUGGGUUGAAAGAUAGGCUUCUUACGCAGUUUGAAAAUCAGGGGAGGGAUUUGAAGUUGAGGGUUGAGAGUUUGGGAAAGUAG